CCCCUCCCCUCUCCCCUUGACUCCUCUCUGAGGCACCAUGCUGACCCGCCUGUUCAGCGAGCCUGGCCUCCUUUCGGACGUGCCCAAGUUCGCCAGCUGGGCCGACGACGACGGCGACGAGCCGAGAAGCGACAAGGGCGACGCGCCACCGCAGCCUCCGCCUGCUCCUGGGUCGGGGGCUCCAGGACCCGCCCGGGCCUCCAAGCCGGUGUCCCUUCGUGGAGAAGAGGUCCCCGAAGCCACGUUGGCCGAGGUCAAGGAGGAAGGCGAGCUGGGUGGCGAGGAGGAGGAGGAAGAGGAGGAGGAGGAAGGGUUGGACGAGGCGGAAGGCGAGCGGCCCAAGAAGCGCGGGCCGAAGAAACGCAAGAUGACCAAGGCACGUCUGGAGCGCUCCAAGCUGCGGCGACAGAAGGCCAACGCGCGGGAGCGCAACCGCAUGCACGACCUGAACGCCGCGCUGGACAACCUGCGCAAGGUAGUGCCCUGCUACUCCAAGACGCAGAAGCUGUCCAAGAUCGAGACGCUGCGCCUGGCCAAGAACUACAUCUGGGCUCUCUCGGAGAUCUUGCGCUCCGGCAAGAGGCCGGAUCUGGUGUCCUACGUGCAGACUCUGUGCAAGGGGCUGUCGCAACCCACCACAAAUCUGGUGGCUGGCUGCCUGCAGCUCAACUCUCGUAACUUCCUCACAGAGCAGGGCGCGGACGGCGCCGGCCGCUUUCACGGCUCGGGUGGCCCGUUCGCCAUGCACCCGUACCCGUACCCGUGCUCCCGCCUGGCGGGCGCACAGUGCCAGGCGGCCGGCGGCCUGGGCGGAGGCGCAGCGCACGCCCUGCGGACCCACGGCUACUGCGCCGCCUACGAGACGCUGUACGCGGCGGCGGGUGGCGGAGGUGCCAGCCCGGACUACAACAGCUCUGAGUACGAGGGCCCGCUCAGCCCCCCGCUCUGUCUCAACGGCAACUUCUCACUCAAGCAGGACUCGUCUCCAGACCACGAGAAGAGCUACCACUACUCUAUGCACUACUCGGCGCUGCCCGGUUCGCGGCCCGCGGGCCACGGGCUGGUCUUUGGCUCGUCGGCCGUGCGCGGGGGCGUCCACUCCGAGAAUCUCUUGUCUUACGAUAUGCACCUUCACCACGACCGGGGCCCCAUGUACGAGGAGCUCAACGCGUUUUUCCAUAACUGAGACCUCGCGCCGGCCCCUUUCUUUUUCUUUGCCUUUGCCCGGCCCCCUAGCCCCAGCCCCGCGAGCUCAGGGGCUCCCACCGACUCCAGCGCCAGGCGCGCGGGGCGUGGGCCGCCGGUUCUGCGGCUCUCCAGGGCUGGCGCGGUCUCCUACCUGUGGGUGGCCCGUCCCAGGGGCCUCGCUUCUCCCUGGGGACUCGCCUUCUCUUUCCCAACGGGCUUCCUCCUCCCUUCUCCCGUGGAGUGCAUCUCCAGGGACCUCCCUCCCGGCCCUCCCUGGAGACUCCUUAGGCUUUCCCAAACUUGAGUUUUCUCUCCUCACCUCCCAGUAGGCCAGAAGGCUUGGGGAGGGGCAGCUGAGUUUCGGGAUAGUGUCUCCGCUUAUGAUUACUUUUUAAAAAGACACUGAGCUGCCCAGGCCAAAAGCAGUUGGUAUCUCUUCCUUCUCGAAGAGGGCAAAACCAGGGCGCCCGAACGCCUUCACCCCAACCCGAAUCUCCGCGUUUUUUAAUUUUUAUUUUGGUGGGAGGGGAUGUGGAUUGAGAGGACAGAGAGAGGCCAAGUCAAUUUGUAACUAGAAUCAUGUUUCCUUUCCCUUUUUAAAAAAACCAAGCAUACAAAAGAAAAAAAAAAAAAGCUAAGAGGCGACAGAGGCCGAACUCAGAGUCCGGAUCGGAGAGAAAACGCAGUAAGAACUUUUAGAAGCAAUAAAAGGCAAAAUAAUAAUAAUGAUAAUAAUAAUAAUAAUAAUAAUAAUAAUAAAUACUACCAAUAAUAAUUUUUAAAGAGACACAAAUAUCUAUGCAAGAAGGUUCUGACUGAGCCUAGCAGCCCAGCCCGGGGAUGCCCCUCGGGUCCGCUGGCUGCCCCGCCCAAGCGCGGAUCUGUGCACUUUGGUGAAGUGGGGGCCCGCGCCGCCCCUCCCCCCCAGGUUUUUACAAUCAAUGACUCGGAGAUUUGGAGCCCCAGUACCACUGCCCUCCCCCCACCCUGUCCCGUUGUGCGUCACACUGUUUUCUAAAAACCUGUUUCCAAAUUUGUAUGGAAUGGCAAACUGUUGGGGGGUCGGUUUGGGGAGGGAGGGUUUGCAUGAGAGACACACGCACACCACACCACGCACACGCAGGCCCGACGCGGGCGUCCGGGGACAGGAGGAGGUGAGUCUCCCGGCUCCUCCUCUCCACAGGCACUCCCGUCCCUCCUGGGGUGAGAUGGAGGAGCCUAGACCUGGGAGCAGCCUUACCCCUGCCCGGAUUGUGCCUCGGUGGGCGCCAAGCUCCUGGUGACUUCUGGUGGCUGGAGAGGUUCUUUUUGUUUUGUUUCCUUUUGUUGUUGUUGUUGUUGUUUGGGGGG